GUACAGAUGAAAUAUGAACAUAUGAAAGAAGAAAACAAUUCCUCCAUGGUGAACCAAUUUGUCCUCGUGGGAUUUUCUGAUCUUCCAAAGAUUCAAGGGUUAUUAUUUGGAAUCUUCUCUGUCAUUUAUUUAGUUAUAUUACUAGGAAAUACUCUAAUAAUAACAAUAACCAUCCUGGAUCCUGUACUACAGAAACCCAUGUAUUUUUUUCUGGGAAAUUUUUCCUCAUUGGAAAUCUGUUAUGUAUCAGUCACUCUCCCCAGGAUACUGAAGGACCUGUGGACUCAGGAUGGAAGCAUUUCUAGACUGAACUGUGCCACCCAAAUGUGCUUCUUCCUUAUGCUGGGAGCCACUGAGUGUUUCCUUUUGGCCGUCAUGUCCUAUGACCGCUACGUGGCCAUCUGUAACCCUCUGCACUACCCUCUUGUCAUGAACCACAAGACAUGUGUUCACCUAGCUGUUGGCUCCUGGAUUGGUGGAAUCCCAGUCCAGAUAGGGCAAACCUGUCAAAUUUUUAUUCUGGAUUUCUGCAACUCCAACAAAAUCAAUCACUUCUUCUGUGACAUCCCUCCCAUUCUUCAGCUAGCCUGUGGGAACACCACUGUACAUGAGAUAUCUGUUUAUUUAGUAGCUCUGCUCUUUGCAGCGGUCCCUUUCAUGUUGAUACUUGCCUCUUAUAGCAAAAUCAUUGGUACCAUUCUGAGGUUGCCAACAGCUACAGGACGGGCCAAAGCUUUCUCCACCUGUUCUUCCCAUUUGGUGGUUGUGCUCUUAUUUUUUGGAUCUGCUACCAUCACCUACUUAAGACCUAAAUCAACACAUUCUGCAGGAAUUGAUAGACUCUUGUCUCUUUUCUAUACUAUACUGACUCCAUUGCUUAAUCCUAUGAUAUACAGCCUUCGAAACAAGGAAGUGAUUGCAGCACUGAGGAAAUUAUUCCUAAAAAGAUAG